GACUGGAGCACGAGAAACGAGAAACCCGCAGUUUCAGUGCCACACCUCUGUUGCCCAGGAAAACACCCGCGGCCGCUCAAGACCACGCUUUGACAACCAUCUCUGAAAUGGGGUCUGUGCUCAGGGCUCUGGGACCGAAUCUGUCUCCCAGAAUGGUCCUCACCAGAACCAUUUAUCUCGCCUUACUAUGCGCCUUACGAUUUACUUCUAUUCCUUUCUGUGUGUGUUGUCGUUAUUUUUGAGUUUCCUACAACCCGGUUUUCCUGAGGUCUGGCUCGCCUCCGCCCACAAGCCGAGGAGUGCAUAAAUACCCAGGCCCCCGGCCCUGCAGCAGGCUGAUUCCUCAAUCAGUCCAAAAGCUCCCUCAGCCUGCUGCUGGCCCGAGGUCCCCUGCGAUGGAGCAGCGUUUUCUCGGCCGCGUGAAGGAGGACUGGAACUCCGCAGACGUGGCGCCAGAGGUCCAGCCUCCACCCAGCGAGUGCUUAGCAGAGUCUGGGCCGUGGCCGCUCCCUUUCUACCCGGUACUGGAUGAGUUCUCAGGCGACCACGGUGAUUUCGGUUGCAAAUUGCUUUCCAGUCCUUGCUGGCGCCUACAUUUUCCCUUCGUGGGAGACCGACUCGGUCCCAGAGCCCCGAGCACCUUGGAACCAAGCCCAGCCCAACUGGCACCGGGAGGAGAGAGGGACCCGGCACCGGAACCCGACGGGCGCCGGCUUCAGCAGCUGGCGUUGGCCAGACCGACCGGGCCCCGCGACGGACAGCAGGACGUCGAGACCCCUGACAGCGGGCCCCCUUCAGAGGACCGGUCUCCUCCUGCCCCCUCUCGGUGGAGCCGCGACGGGCUCGUCUCUGGCUGCUUCGAGUGGAUCGGUCGCACCCUGCGCGCCUUGAGCUGCUGUGGCCGCUGCAGGUCCGUCUUUGGCGCCAAGGAGCCCUUGAUUGCAGCCUGAGCCUGUUGGGCUCUUGCCCCAGGCAAAGAUCCUCGGCUACAAAACCUACCCCUUACAUGGAAUAAAAACGCAUUAAGACCUCAGUUCAGAGAUGGUUGUCAAAGCGUGGUCUCUUUCCCCUUGAGCUUCUCGAUGCAGUCUGGUCGCUUGGCACUUGCACCUUCCUUGUUGCACAGUGAGCUCAGGGAACAAAACUACAACCACUAUUUCUGCUAUUUUCGCCCAGCAGUCCAUGGCCCAACUGUCCGUGGCAGUGCCUCUGG